CCCCUCACAUGUGGUCGGGUUGGGUGAGGGCAGCUAGGAGGACUCCAGGCCUGGGGUCAGUUCUUCUCUAAAUGAAUACCUUCUUGACAAAGUCAUGGGAAACGGGCCCUGCUGUCCUGUGGCUGCCCAGUGUGAAACUAGUGGGUCCUGAGCCCACCGAGCCUGCCUGCCUGGCCCCGCUCCCCAUGUUGCCCUUGGCUGAGGCACCUCUUGUGUCUCCCCAAGUCGGCAGCAGCACUCCCUCCCAACCUGUGCGCGUGCCGAGUAUUUGUUGAAGAAACAGUCAGUUGUCCUAGAGAAUGGCCCCGUUCUGGAUUGGCUGGUUGCUUCUGUGUGGUGCUGAACCUGCUCCUCUCUCCCCUGUAUUUCCUGGGGACAGGUGGAGGCUCAGCCAGAUUCAGGUUCAAGGUCUCUUCCUAGGCUGCGUCAGUCUGCAUGCACGGGAGGUCUGCUUACUAGGAUUGACCAGCAGGUUUAGGUGUUGUCAGCCUGAUGUGUUGGUCUUUUAUCUAACGGUUUUUGGGUUUCUGUGGUUUUUUGUUUCAUUUGUGGGUCUUUUUUUUUUUUUUUGAGAUGGUCUUGCUUUGUCGCCCAGGUUGGAAUGCAGUGAUGCAAUCAGGGCUCACUGCAGCCUCAACCUCCUGGGCUGGGGUGAUCCUUCCACCUCAGCCUCCUGAGUAGCUGGAACUACAGGUUGUGUACCGCCAUGCCCAGAUAAUUUUUGAAUUUUUGUAGAGAUGAGGUCUCACUAAUGUUGUCCAGGCUGGGCUCAAGGGAUCCUCCCGCCUCAGCCUUCCAAAGUACUGGGAUUACAGGUGUGAGCCACUGCGUCCAGCCUAUUUAAUGGCUUUUGAACAGCCGUUGAUAAUUGCCUGGACCUACUACUUCCUUAAGGGUGCAAAAUGGUGAUUUUUUUGAAUUAUAUCGUUCCUUCUGAAUUUAGUAGCUGGAAUCCUAUAAAGGAAUCUUCCUCAUCGUCUGUUUGAUUACCCUGAAAUACUGUUUUCACAGAAAAGAAGGGAAAAUGCCUGUUAUCACCUCUAACAGUUUUCAGAACAAUGAGUUAGUGCCCUGGCAAGGGCCAGUGACAGGGCAGGAGGGGGUGGAGAGCGUGUUUCCUGGGCUGCCUGGUGAACUCUCAGGUCUGUCAAUUGCAGGCUUGCUUUUUCAUGCCCAACUUGUCUAUCUUUGCCCAGAGGCGGCCUCAGGUUGACCUCUGUAGUCCUUUGACACAAGCCUUGGGUCUUGGGCACCUUCCUUACUUACAGCUACCACGAUGCUGCAGGCUCCAGCCCCUCCCUGGCAUUUCCUGUUGCGACCCGGCCCAACCAUCUCCCCAGGGUGCACUCCUUCGUCGGUGUGAAUAUGGUGUUUAGAGACCCCAGUCUGGUCACCAGGGGUGGUGCUUGCUCCUGGGAUUUCUUUACUGCUAGGGCUUUGGAAGAGACAGAGCCAGGAAAUAAGUUUGUUUUUUUUUUUUUUUUGCCAAUUAAAAAAAAAUAAAGUACGAGGCUGGGCACGGUGGCUCAUGCCUGUAAUCCCAGCACUUUGGAAGGCUGAGGCGGGCAGAUCACUUGAGCUCAGGAGUUUGAGACCAGCCUGGCCAACAUGGUGAAACCCAGUCUCUACUAAAAAUACAAAAAUCGGCUGGGUGUGAUGGCGCACGCCUGUAAUCCCAGCUACUUCAGAGGCUAAAGCAGGAGGAUCCCUCGAACCCAGGAGUUCAAGACUGCAGUGAGCUAUGAUUGUGCCACUGCACUCUAGCCUGGGUGACAGAGACCCUGUCUCAAAAAAACAAACAAACAAACAAAAAACCUCUGUGGACUCCGGGUGAUAAUGACAUGUCAAUGUGGAUUCAUCAGGUGUUAACAGCUGUACCUCCUGGUGGGGGAUGUUGAUAAUGGGGGAGACUGGGGUGGGGCGAGGACAUACGGGAAAUCUCUGUAAUCUUCCUCUAAUUUUGCUGUGAACCUAAAGCUGCUCUAAAACUGUACAUAGAUAUAAACUGGGGCCUUCCUUUCCCUCUGCCCUGCCCCAGCCCUCCCCCACCUCCUUCCUCUCCCUGCUGCCUCCCCUCUGCCCUCCUAUUUCCUCCUUAGCCACUGUAAAUAACACUGCAGCAAAGGCCUGAGGCAAAUGCCUUUGCUCUGGGGCGCCCCAGCCACCUGCAGGCCCCUUAUUUCCUGUGGCCAAACUCCUCCUCCCACCCUCCAGUCCUUUCCCCAGCCUCCCUCGCCCACUAGGCCUCCUGAAUUGCUGGGCACUGGCUGUGGUCGACAGACAGAGGGACAGACGUGGCUCUGCAGGUCCACUCGGUCCCUGGCACCGGCCGCAGAGGUGGCAGAACGGGGGUGUGGUUGGUGUGGGAAGCACAGGCUUCAGUGUCUCCUGGGGGGCUGUUGGGUGGGAAGGCUCUGGCUGCCCUCGCCCUGUUCCCAUCACUGCAGAGGGCUGUGCGGUGGCUGGAGCUGCCACUGAGUGUCUCGGUGAGGGUGACCUCACACUGGCUGAGCUUCUUAAAGCCCCCAUCUGAAGACUUUGUUCAUGGUGUUUUCACUUCUCAGAGCCUUUCCUGGCUCCAGGAGUAAUACCUGUUCACAGAAAAUACGAGUGGCCUCCUCCUCCACAACCUCACACGACAUUCUCCCUUCCCUCCCGCUGGCCUCUUUCCCUCCCCUUCUGUCACUCUGCCUGGGCAUGCCCCAGGGCCUUGGCUGGGCCCUUUGUUUCCUCAGGGAAACCCACAUGGUUGGGCUAGAUGCCUCCGCACACCCCCACCCACACCCCCUGAGCCUCUAGUCCUCCCUCCCAGGACACAUCAGGCUGGAUGGUGACACUUCCACACCCUUGAGUGGGACUGCCUUGUGCUGCUCUGGGAUUCGCACCCAGCUUGGACUGCCCACUCCAUGGGCCCCAGGAAAAGCUCAUACAGAUAAGGUCAGCCACAUGAGUGGGGGGCCUGCAGCAUGUCACCCUCUCUGUCCCAGAAGUCAAGUGCUCGGUCCCCUCUGAAGCCCCUUUGGGGACCUAGGGGACAAGCAGGGCAUGGAGACAUGGAGACAAAGUAUGCCCUUUUCUCUGACAGUGACACCAAGCCCUGUGAACAAACCAGAAGGCAGGGCACUGUGCACCCUGCCUGGCCCCACCAUCCCCCUUACCACCCGUCACCUUGCCACCUGCCUCUGCUCCCAGCUCCAUAAAUACCCAAGGCCCAGAGGGAGGGCCACCCAGAGGCUGAUGCUCACCAUGGGGCGCCUGCAACUGGUUGUCUUGGGCCUCACCUGCUGCUGGGCAGUGGCGAGUGCCGCGAAGCUGGGCGCCGUGUACACAGAAGGUGGGUUCGUGGAAGGCGUCAAUAAGAAGCUCGGCCUCCUGGGUGACUCUGUGGACAUCUUCAAGGGCAUCCCCUUCGCGGCUCCCACCAAGGCCCUGGAAAAUCCUCAGCCACACCCUGGCUGGCAAGGGACCCUGAAGGCCAAGAACUUCAAGAACAGAUGCCUGCAGGCCACCAUCACCCAGGACAGCACCUACGGGGAUGAAGACUGCCUGUACCUCAACAUCUGGGUGCCCCAGGGCAGGAAGCAAGUCUCCCGGGACCUGCCCAUUAUGAUCUGGAUCUAUGGAGGCGCCUUCCUCAUGGGGUCCGGCCACGGGGCCAACUUCCUCAACAACUACCUGUAUGACGGCGAGGAGAUCGCUACACGUGGAAACGUCAUCGUGGUCACCUUCAACUACCGUGUCGGCCCCCUUGGGUUCCUCAGCACUGGGGACGCCAACCUGCCAGGUAACUAUGGCCUUCGGGAUCAGCACAUGGCCAUUGCUUGGGUGAAGAGGAAUAUCGCGGCCUUCGGGGGGGACCCCAACAACAUCACGCUCUUCGGGGAGUCUGCUGGAGGUGCCAGCGUCUCCCUGCAGACCCUCUCCCCCUACAACAAGGGCCUCAUCCGGCGAGCCAUCAGCCAGAGCGGCGUGGCCCUGAGUCCCUGGGUCAUCCAGAAAAACCCACUCUUCUGGGCCAAAAAGGUGGCUGAAAAGGUGGGUUGCCCUGUGGGUGAUGCUGCCAGGAUGGCCCAGUGUCUGAAGAUUACUGAUCCCCGAGCCCUGACGCUGGCCUAUAAGGUGCCGCUGGCAGGCCUGGAGUACCCCGUGCUGCACUAUGUGGGCUUCAUCCCUGUCAUUGAUGGAGACUUCAUUCCCGAUGACCCCAUCAACCUGUACGCCAACGCCGCCGACAUCGACUAUAUAGCAGGCACCAACAACAUGGACGGCCACAUCUUCGCCAGCAUCGACAUGCCUGCCAUCAACAAGGGCAACAAGAAAGUCACGGAGGAGGACUUCUACAAGCUGGUCAGUGAGUUCACAUUCACCAAGGGGCUCAGAGGCGCCAAGACGACCUUUGAUGUCUACACUGAGUCCUGGGCCCAGGACCCAUCCCAGGAGAAUAAGAAGAAGACCGUGGUGGACUUUGAGACCGAUGUCCUCUUCCUGGUGCCCACCGAGAUUGCCAUAGCCCAGCACAGAGCCAACGCCAAGAGUGCCAAGACCUACACCUACCUGUUUUCCCAUCCCUCUCGGAUGCCCGUCUACCCCAAAUGGGUGGGGGCCGACCAUGCAGAUGACAUUCAGUACGUUUUCGGGAAGCCUUUCGCCACCCCCACGGGCUACCAGCCCCAAGACAGGACAGUCUCUAAGGCCAUGAUCGCCUACUGGACCAACUUUGCCAAAACAGGGGACCCCAACAUGGGCGACUCGGCUGUGCCCACACACUGGGAACCCUACACUACGGAAAACGGCGGCUACCUGGAGAUCUCCAAGAAGAUGGACAGCAGCUCCAUGAAGCGGAGCCUGAGAACCAACUUCCUGCGCUACUGGACACUCACCUAUCUGGCGCUGCCCACAGUGACCGACCAGGAGGCCACCCCCGUGCCCCCCACAGGGGGCUCCGAGGCCACUCCCGUGCCCCCCACGGGUGACUCCGGGGCCCCCCCCGUGCUGCCCACGGGUGACUCCGGGGCCCCCCCCGUGCCCCCUACGGGUGACUCCGGGGCCCCCCCCGUGCCCCCUACGGGUGACUCCGGGGCCCCCCCCGUGCCCCCUACGGGUGACUCCGGGGCCCCCCCCGUGCUCCCUACGGGUGACUCCGGGGCCCCCCCCGUGCCGCCCACGGGUGACUCCGGGGCCCCCCCCGUGACCCCCACGGGUGACUCUGAGGCUGCCCCUGUGCCCCCCACAGAUGACUCCAAGGAAGCUCAGAUGCCUGCAGUCAUUAGUUUUUAGCGUCCCAUGAGCCUUGGUCUCAAGAGGCCACAAGAGUGGGACCCCAGGGGCUCCCCUCCCAUCUUGAGCUCUUCCUGAAUAAAGCCUCAUACCCCUGUCGGCAUCUUUCUUUGCUCCCAAGGCUAAGCUGCAGGAUCUGCCUGUCAAUUGCAGGCUUGCUUUUUCAUGUCCAGCUCGUCUUAUCUUUGGCCAGAGGCGGCCUCAGGUUGACCUCUGUAGUCCUUUGACUCAACCCUUGGGUCUUGGGCACCUUCCUUACUUGCAGCCACCAUGAUGGUGCAGGCUCCAGCCCCUCCCUGACAUUUCCUGCCAUGGACCCGGCCCAACCAUCUCCCCAGGGUGCGCUCCUUCGUCGGUGUGAAUAUGGUGUUUAGAGACCCCAGUCUGGUCACCAGGGGUGGUGCUUGCUCCUGGGAUUUCAUUACUGCUAGGGCUUUGGAAGAGACAGAGCCAGGAAAUAAGUAUUUUUUUUUUAACCAGUAAAAAAAAAAAGUAUGAGGUCGGGCACAGUGGCUCACACCUGUAGUCCCAGCACUUUGGGAGGCUGAGGCAGGAGGAUCACUUGAGGUCAGGAGUUGGAGACUAGCCUGGCCAACAUGGUGAAACCCCAUCUGUACUAAAAAUACAAAAAAUUAGCCAGGUGUGGUAGUGCGCACCUGAGGUCCCAGCUGAGGCAGGAGAAUCACUUGAGCCCGGGAGGUAGAGGCUGCAGUGAGCCGAGAUCACACCACUGCACUUGAGCCUGGGCAACAGAGCAAGGCACCAUCUCAAAUAAUAAUAAAAGUAUGAAUUCAUACAGGUA